AUGCUAUCUCUAUUUCUUGUUUUCCUACUUACUUGGUCAUGUGCGGACGGCAAUCAAAGGGAUCGAAGAGGAGCCUACAUGUAUAAUACGCCUUCAUAUCAAAGUUAUCCCGGUUACUGGGAUUCGCAGUGCAACAGUCAAUAUCAAAAUUGGCAAGGCGGGUAUAACAUGCCUAUGGAAUAUUACGGAAGAUCAAUGGGAGCAUUCCAAUCUCAGCCAAACACAUAUUCGCAACCGACAUCCUACAGUGGUCCGUCGAGUUAUUCAAGACCUUCGUCUUAUGCUAGACCGUCUUCGUAUAGCCGCCCAGAUGUUUAUUCAAAUGUUCCAUCAGGAUUUCAAAUUCCGUCUUCUUCAAGAAGUUAUCUGAUGGAACCUGCCAAACCGCAAUAUCAAGCAUCAGUGGUGUCACCAAAUUUGCAAUAUCAACCAGCUAGCGACUAUCCUAAAGUACCAAUACAAAACCAGGGUCAGGCACCCGUUCCAUCGCAACACCCAACAAUUGCUGAAUAUCCUAAACAAACAGUAGAGCAGACGCAAUAUCCAUCACUCCCGAAGGUGCCACAAUAUCCUAGUCUUACAUCUGACACUCAAUCAUCUGGAAUACAACAAGAGACAGUACAAAAUAGCUGGACGACCACUGUGGCUGCACCCAAUAACAAUACACCACCGCCAAUGCCGCCAACGGAUGCGGAAAUGGAACAGGUGGACGCAACCGAAAAACAAAACGAAGUGCGAAAAGCGCGUGGGGGUGCUGCGGGACCACCGUCGAUUAAUGUUGACACGAUAAUUCCUCAAGCGCAGGUUCCUGAGAUUCCAAUGCCGCCGUCUGAAUAA